AAAUUUAAUUUUGAUAUUUAGAUAAAUACGGAAUUUACUAAAGUCUUAAAGUUCAUUUGUUGCUUUAAUAUUUUAUAUCUCGGUAUGUGAGUAAGCACAUGACUGUAUUGUGACUUUAUUGUUAGUAACGCAACACCAAAGUGCAAAAUUGCUUGACACCCCUAUUUUCUCCGAGAUGCGAGUUAACCAAACUCUUAGUGUUUUUGUCUUGAUUUCUUUAUUUUCCUUGGUGAGUUCGGGCCCUGUGCAGGCCAAACGUUUCACCCUCAAUCUCGAUCUUCCCCCAGAAGAAAGAUGGAACGAAAUAAUCAAAGACUACACCGAAUAUGCCAGCGUUCUAACUAAGGAUAUAAGAAAGAGGUUUCCAAAGGAGCUUCUACCUCUCGUCGAUAAGUUAGUCACAAACAUGGAUCAAAGUUUCCCUGCUCCAUUUGCCGGCGAAAUGCGUGGCAUUGCCAAGACAUUCAGGCUGAAUGUCACGGAAAUAAUCUUGUUGAAUGUUAUAUAUGAUAUAUCUGCCUACUGUACCAGUAUUGUUGCUCAGGACAGAAAAGGGAACAUUUUUCUUGCAAGAAACUUGGAUUACGACUUUAGUAACACCCUGAGAAAGAUCACAUUCAUCGUUGAUUUUAUGUCAAAAGGCGAGAUAAUAUACAGUGGAGUUACAAUGGCAGGAAUGGUGGGUCUUUUCACAGCACAGAAGCCCAAUGCCCUAACCAUUGAUCUUGAUGAACGAGACAAAGGCUAUUUAUGGGAAAACAUAAUCAUAGCACUUCUCAACAAGAAGGCUGUUCCUGUAUCAUUUGAGAUUCGUAAGAUUGUAUCAACUGAAGGAAUGGACUUCCAACGAGCCAUACAUGAGCUUUCUACUGUUUCUUUGAUUGCUGACUGUUAUUACAUUGUGGGAGGCAUCAAGCCUGAGCAGGGAGUUGUAGUGACCCGGAAUCGCUUAUCCACUGCUGAUGUUUGGAGGCUUGAUGCAGCUAAAGGAAGGUGGUUCCUUGUCGAAACAAACUAUGACCACUGGACUUCUCCCCCUCCGUCAGAUGACCGCCGAGACCCUGCCAUCAAGGCCCUCACCAGCAUUGGCCAGGAGAACAUCAAUGCUACAACAUUGUUCCAGGUGCUAAACCAACACCCUGUCUUGAAUUCACAUACGAUAUUUACUGCCAUAAUGGAAGCCAACAACCCUGGCUUAUUGAAUGCAUGGGUCCAAGAAUUAGAUAAAAAUUAAUUGCCUAAUAAAGAAACCCCCAUAUGUAAAAUGAAGUAAUUUUCUAUUUUUUUUUGUAAUUUUCACACAAUGUUCAUAUAGUAAAAAAUGUGUUGCAAUAAAUACUUCACAAAAA